ACACACACACACACACACACACACACACACACACACACACACACACACACAGAAGAGUACCCACAUGCAUGCUCUCUGAGCAUGAAAGAACUCCAGAGACGUAUUGAGUCAUCCAGCAAAGACAGACCGCCCGCCUUUUUGAAGACUGUGUGUUUCUGUCUGUGUGUCUAUCUGUGUUUGCAAAGGCAUACCCCAACAUUUGGAUUGCUUUUUUUGUCCCCCACUCCGUGACUGCGUCUGGACUUAACAGCUGAGUGAUCGCAUUGUGCUGCUGGGCCACACACAGCGGCUCUGGAGUGGAGUGGAGACAUCUUUGCUUUGAGCACGCCUGCAGCCUGCAUGUUGGUACUGGAGAAGAGGCGGCAAUGAAUGAGCCAUCAUCAUGAAUGACAGUCUGCUUUAGGAUAGCAGUGCAAGUUUGGACAGAAAGAGACGUUAGUACACAUACAGUACGAGCACAUAAACACACGCAAACAUACACACAUGAAUGACAGUCUGCUCUUAGAUAGCAGUGCAAGUUUGGACACAAAGAGACAUUAGUACACACACUAUGUGCACAUAAACACGCGCACGCACACGCACAAGCACACACACCCACACACACACAGAACCAACGAGGGUGUGAGUUCGCGCAUGUGUGCGAGAGAGAGAAAGAGAUAGUGGUUGUUGUAUCCUUGGGAGUGGUUGAUGAUUGGUAAGGAUGGGCACUCCCACGGUGCUGGAGUGCCUCGGUCGCUCUCGCAGGUGUGAGUCUAGGUCUCGACCCCAUCACCACCACCUAAGCCGACCCUUCCGGCCAGUCCGCUGCCACCCCGAGCCUCGCUCUCAGCCCAGGCACUGGCAGUUCUCGCGGGUGAACGGCCACAGUAAGCUGGAGCGUGGUGCUCGUGACUCGGCCAUGGGUCUGGACAGCGCCUCCAUGAUGAGCAGUGAGCUGGAGUCCAGCUCCUUCGUAGACAGCGAGGAGGAUGAGGACACCAGCAGGCUCAGCAGCUCCACAGAACAGAGUUCCUCCUCUCAACUCAUGCGCAGGCACAAGCGGCGGAGACGUCGACAAAAAGUGGCCAAAAUGGACCGGUCGUCUUCGUUCAGUAGUAUUACUGACUCAACGAUGAGCCUCAAUAUCAUCACCGUCACGCUCAAUAUGGAAAAGUACAACUUCCUGGGCAUCAGCAUCGUGGGCCAGAGUAACGACCGGGGGGACGGCGGCAUCUACAUCGGCUCCAUCAUGAAGGGGGGCGCGGUCGCUGCCGACGGACGCAUCGAACCCGGAGACAUGCUCCUACAGGUUAAUGAUGUGAACUUUGAGAACAUGAGCAACGAUGAUGCUGUGAGGAUCCUGAGAGAGAUCGUCUCCAAACCUGGCCCCAUCAGUCUGACGGUGGCCAAGUGUUGGGACCCCUCUCCUCGCAGCUACUUCACCAUCCCCAGAGCGGAGCCAGUGAGGCCCAUUGACCCGGCGGCCUGGAUCUCUCACACCACAGCACUGACCGGGGCCUACCCUCACUACGAGUUGGACGACCUGCCUCUGUCGGUGAGCAAGACAGACAUGGCCACCAUCGUCAAGGUGAUGCAGCUGCCCGGCUCAGGCCUGGAGAUACGCGACCGCAUGUGGCUCAAGAUCACCAUUUCCAACGCAGUCAUCGGUGCGGACGUAGUGGACUGGUUGUAUACGCGUGUGGACGGCUUCAAGGACCGCCGGGAUGCCAGAAAGUACGCUAGCAGCCUCCUGAAGCACGGAUACCUCAGACACACCGUCAACAAGAUCACCUUCUCCGAACAGUGCUACUACACCUUUGGAGACCUCUGCCAAAACAUGGCCUCUCUGAACCUGAAUGAGGACUCCAGUGGCGGGGGUUCGGAGCAGGACACGCUGGCGCCACUGCCCCCUCCGGCCACCAACCCGUGGCCCCUGGGCGGCCAGCCGUACCCCUACCCGCACCCGCCCUACCCCCCCAGCGUGCCGCCCACCUUCCCCCCCGGCUACUCUGACCCCUGCCACAGCUUCCACAGCGGCAGCGCGGGCAGCCAGCAGAGCGAAGGUAGCAGAAGCAGUGGCUCCAACCCCAGUGGUGGGACCGGACGGCGGGGUUCCCCGAGGGACACGGAGCCCAAGACGGCGUGCUUGUCUGGGGGCGUCGGAAGUGGAGUGCCUGGGGGUGGAGGAGUACAUGGGGGAGGAGGAGGGGGUGGCGUCAUCAUCAGCGAAUCAGAGCAGGGCACCUGGGCUCCCGGAGGCUGUGGGGGCGGGGGCACUCUGGGUAGGCGCGGCAACCGUCCCCCCAGCCAGCUGAGCCACCACAGCAGCCACGGCCACUCCCAACGAAGCCACGCCCACUCUCAGUCCCAGCACAGCUUUUCCUUCUCUUACCCCCACCUGCACUCCCACCCCCACCCCCACCGCCCCUACCCCCCGCCCCACGCCACCACCAUCCUUCCCCCGGCUGCCACCACCGUGGGCUGCCUGCCCAACAACCACCCCCACCACCACCAACAGCACCACCACCACCACCACCAACACCACCACCAGGCCUCGUGCGGUCACAGCGAGCGCAGCCACCACAGCCACCACAGCCACGCCUCGUCCUACGGUCCUCCGGGCCUGCCGCCUCCUUACUGCCUGGCGCGCUACGCCCCCAAGGCCUCCUCCUCCACCUCCUCGGCGGCCGCGGCCCUGGCGGCGGCCGCCUGCUGCAACAGCCCCCCCGGGGCGCCGCCCGUCCGAGAGCUGGCCGACGUGCCCCCCGAGCUCACCGCCAGCCGCCAGUCCUUCCAGCACGCCAUGGGCAACCCCUGCGAGUUCUUUGUGGACAUCAUGUAACGUGACGACGAAGGGGUGUCGUGACUGAGGGCAGAGGAGAAAGUGAGGGAAUCGAGACAACAUGUGGACAUUGUGUUACACAAUGUUGGGGGGGAGGAGAAGAGAGGCUGUUGGACACACCGUUGCGAGCUCUUGGUUGUGGACAUCCUGUAAUGUGACACAUAGUAAGGGGAGGAGAGGAGAGGAGAGCGAACAUCAUGCGACGUGACCUAUGGGAGGUGAUGGAGAGGAGAGGAGAGGCAGAUGGGCAAGCCCUGUAAAGUCUUUGUGGACAUCAUGUAAUGUGACACACCAUGUAAUACACUAAGUAGGAGAGGAGACAAAAGGGAAAGAAGGGGGCGGCAUUCAUCAUGUGAGGUGACGUGGAGCAAGAGGAGAGGAGAGGAGAGAGACAUAAAGAAGGAGGCUAUGGGCAACCUCUGUUAGAUCUUUGUGGACCUUAUGUGGUGUGACACUGGAGGGAGAGGAGAGGGUUAAGAAGAGAGGCAGUCAUGUCAUGUGACAUACUGUAGGGGAAAGGAGAGACAAAGAAGGGGGCAGGUGACAUGUACAGUAACUUGGCACGGUGGAGGAGAGGGUUAAGGAGAGAGGCAGUCAUGUGAUGUAAGAUACUGUAGGGGAAAGGAGAGGUGUGUUCGGGAACGAUUUCUAGCCGACCAGGGCCAACGCAAACCGCCAACUGUCAACAUAGACAACUGUCUAUCACAGACGUGGGCAAACUCAGGCCCGGGGGCCACAUGCGGCCCCCUGAGCCAUUUCAUGUGGCCCCCAGAGCCUUUACAAGAAAGACAACUUUUAAAUCCAAAUUCAAACGGUUACUCAAUAUUCUUAAAAUGCUACCUAAAUCACGAGUCUUGCGAAUUUAAGGUUAACCAAAUACAUCGGCUUCAUCUACAUACAUUUAAUUACAAUGUGCAGGAAUAUUAUUGCUGCCAAGUUACGUCAUUGUACACACUAUGUUUUAUC